AUGAUUAUCGUAAAGUAAACUGACAUAUGUGCCAAUAUAAAUAUAUGGUUCUUGGAAAAAUAAACAGGAAUUAUGAUGAUAUAUGGUUAAUAAAUAUCGAUAAAAACCUCAGUACUCUGUGAUUAAAUACGAAGUAAUGAUUAAUAAUAAUAACAACAUAACCCAAAAAGUCAUAAAACUAUGAAUGAUUGAAAAUUGGAAGAUAGCGAAUCAUUUCAUAAUAGUUUUGUUCUUGUGAAAGAAUGUUGCAAUCUUUCAAUUUUUCUUUAAAAAAACUUUCAUGUACAUCCUAUCGAUUUGCACACCAUGGAUGCAAAGUAUUGGUGGUAGGUGGGGGCACUGGAGGCUGUGCUGUUGCUGCAAAACUCUCAAAGAUUCUGGGUAAAGACGAGGUUCUUAUACUUGAUCCCAGUGAAAGGCAUUACUAUCAACCUCUAUUUACAUUAGUGGGUGCAGGAGUUUAUACAUUGAAUGACUCUUUUAAACUACAAAAAAAUGUAUUACCAGAUAAUGCCAAGUGGAUUAAAGAUAGUGCAGCAGAGUUUCACCCAAAGUCAAAUCAAGUCAUUACCACUAUGGGCCAUAAAAUAAACUAUGAUUUUAUGCUUUUAGCCCUUGGGCUCGAAACUAAUUAUGAUAAAAUACCUGGCCUGUUAGAAGGUCUUAAAAAUUGGAGCGGAGUUUGUUCCAAUUAUUCCGACAAAUAUGUUGAGAAAACUUUCCAAGUACUGAAAAAUUUUGAAUCUGGUAACGCUAUUUUUACAUAUCCCAACACCCCUGUGAAAUGUCCAGGAGCUCCUCAAAAAAUUUGCUAUCUUGUUGAUGAUUAUUUACGUAAAAAUGGAAAAAGACAAAAGUCGAAGAUUAUUUACAAUACUUCUUUGCCUGUGAUAUUUGGAGUUAAAAAGUACGCUGAUGCUCUAUGGAAUGUGGUUAAUAGUAGAGAUAUUGAAGUGAACCUCAGAAUGAAUCUUGUUGAAGUCAGGUCAGAUAAAAAGGAAGCUGUGUUCGAAAAUUUGGAUAAACCAGGAGAAAAGCAAGUUAUGGAAUAUUCAAUGCUUCACGUGACUCCACCAAUGAGUACCCCAUAUGCUUUGAGGACUAACAAGGAAUUGAGUAACCCUGCAGGAUUUGCUGAUGUAGAUCCUGAAUCUUUGAGACACAUUACAUUCCCUAAUGUAUUUGCUAUAGGAGACUGUAGCUCUUCACCAAACUCUAAAACUGCUGCAGCAGCUGCUGCACAGAGUGCCGUAGUUUUUCAUAAUCUAAAAGCUGUAAUGGACGGCAAAGAUGUACAUAAAGUAUACGAUGGUUACGCAUCUUGUCCGUUAGUUACUGGUUACAAUAAGUGUAUACUGGCUGAAUUCAAUUACAAACUUGAACCUUUGGAAACAUUUCCUAUAAGUCAAGAUAAAGAAAUGACCUCAAUGUAUCUUAUGAAGAAGUAUUUGAUGCCACCUCUUUAUUGGAAUUUAAUGCUUUGUGGAUACUGGAAUGGACCAGCAACAAUGAGAAAAUUAUUACAUCUGUACAUGAAAUAAAUAAGUGUUGAGUUAUAUGAUUUUUUUUAAUAUAUUUUAUAUGGUUUUAUCUUGUACAUACAGAGGGAAAAAAUAUAUUUAUUUUAAACAAUAA